UGUUGUUUGUUCUGUACUUUUGUUUUAUUUUUUUGUUGUGUGUUUUUUCUCUUUUUUGUGAUUUUCUUAUAAUAUGAAAAAUGUUUGGAAUUUAUGAGGCUGUCAAGCUUCAAUGUGCUUGUGUGCAACUAGAAAGUUUUUGUUGUGUGGUUCUGUUGCGAGGUUGGCCUAGCAGAAACAGGAGAUCCUCCUAUGGUGUCACUGGGAUAGAUUGUAUACUGAAGAGUUUGUGAUUUCAUGGUGCUGACUUCACUGGAAGUUGUGAUCGUGUGAAGUGUGAAAAGGGUGAGAGGUAGAUUUUGAUACAAGGGUCUUUGUGGUUUUUCUGGAGGCAGUGAAAUGAGUUUUGAAUUAUAAUGGUGAUGGUGGAGGUGCAAGAGUGUGAGGGAAGUUGGAGGAGGAUCAUAGUUUUUGGAUGUGUUGUUGUACUUGGCCUACGUGCAACUCUAGCUGGAUGAAGAUGGAGGGUUCUUCAGGGUCUGCUUUUCAGAAUUCUGGCAGUUCCAGGGCUUUGAACAGUUCUGGAGUCUCGGAUAGGAACCAAAGAGUUCAUUAUCCCGAAAGGAACCCCUUCUCGGGUGAGGCAUCUCAGGAUUCGGGGUACAAGAAGGAAAGGGAAAGGGUUCCGUUGGGUCAAGGUGAUCAGGCAAAAAAUUUGGGUGGUGGGUUUUCUGGGUUGUGUGAAGAUGAAGUUGAGGUUGACCCGUUUUAUGGUGCUGUGGAAUGGGGUGAUAUUAGCUUGAGGCAGUGGUUGGAUAAACCAGAACGAUCGGUGGAUGCCUUUGAAUGCUUGCACAUAUUUAGACAAAUAGUAGAAAUUGUUAGUGUAGCGCAUUCUCAAGGAGUUGUAGUUCAUAAUGUGAGGCCUUCCUGUUUUGUCAUGUCUUCUUUCAACCAUAUCUCGUUUAUUGAAUCAGCAUCUUGUUCAGAUACUGGCUCCGAUUCUUUAGGAGAAGGAUUAAACGACCAAGGUGGUGAGAUCAAAACUCCAACAUCUCUCUGUCCCCAUGAUAUGCAUCAGCAGAGCUUGGGAAGUGAAGAUUUUGUGACUGUCAAGACAUCUACAACCACUGCUCGCUCAGAUUCUAGUUGCAUGCUGUCGAGUGCUGUGUAUGCAGCUCGUGCAUCUUUGAUAGAAGAAACAGAAGAACAUAAAAUGAAAGAUAGGAGGAAGGAUGAAGAAGUGGAAGGGAAGAAGCAAUCAUUUCCAAUGAAGCAGAUACUGCUAAUGGAGAUGAGUUGGUACACUAGUCCUGAAGAGGUUGCUGGUGACUCUAGUUCUUGUGCUUCAGAUGUUUAUCGAUUAGGGGUUCUUCUUUUUGAGGUAUUUUGUCCGCUAAGCUCGAGAGAAGAAAAGAGUAGAACCAUGUCUAGCCUUAGACAUAGGGUUCUUCCUCCACAGUUACUUCUAAAGUGGCCCAAAGAAGCUUCCUUUUGCUUGUGGUUACUGCAUCCUGACCCUAGUAGUCGUCCAACACUGGGGGAGUUGUUGCAGAGUGAGUUCCUUAAUGAGCAAAGAGAUGAUAUGGAAGAACGUGAAGCAGCGAUAGAGCUGAGACAAAGGAUUGAGGAUAAGGAGUUGCUGCUAGAAUUCCUUUUGUUACUUCAACAGAGGAAACAGGAAGUUGCUGAGAAGUUGCAACACACUAUCUCUUUUCUGUGCUCAGAUAUUGAAGAAGUGACUAAGCAGAAAAUUAGAUUUAAAGAGAUUACUGGUACUGAACUGGGGAGUGAUGAUCGUUCAGCAUCAAGUUUCCCAUCAAUGACAGUUGUGGACAGUGAUGAUUCUGCAUAUGAAGGGACUAGAAAACGAGUCAGACUAGGGACUCAUGUUAAAAACAAUGAGGAAUUUGAUGAUGAUGAUGAUGAUGAUGAUGAUGAUGGAGGAGGUGAUCAGAAAAGUAACGGAAGUUUUCUUUCAAAAAGUUCUCGGUUAAUGAAGAACUUUAAGAAACUCGAGUCAGCAUACUUUUUAACACGAUGUAGACCGGCGUAUUCCUCUGGGAAACUGGUGAGUAGGCAUCCUCCUCUAGCAAGUGAUGGUAGAGGUUCUGUUGUUUUGACUGAAAGAAGUUGCAUCAAUGACUUGAAAUCAAAAGAGCAGUGCAGGGAGGGUGCAAGUGCUUGGAUAAAUCCUUUUUUAGAGGGAUUGUGCAAGUAUUUAUCAUUCAGCAAGAUAAAGGUUAAGGCUGACCUAAAACAAGGGGAUCUUUUGCAUUCAUCCAACCUUGUAUGCUCACUCAGUUUUGAUCGAGAUGGAGAAUUUUUUGCUACUGCUGGUGUGAAUAAGAAGAUUAAAGUGUUCGAAUGUGAUUCAAUCAUAAAUGAUGAUCGUGAUAUCCACUAUCCAGUUGUGGAGAUGGCUAGCAGGUCAAAGUUAAGCAGUUUAUGUUGGAAUGCAUACAUCAAAAGUCAAAUUGCUUCAAGUAACUUUGAAGGUGUUGUGCAGUUGUGGGAUGUGACAAGAAGCCAAGUACUCUCUGAGAUGAGGGAGCACGAGCGGCGCGUCUGGUCCAUUGAUUUCUCGUCAGCAGAUCCAACAAUGUUGGCAAGUGGAAGCGAUGAUGGUUCUGUCAAGCUAUGGAGUAUCAAUCAGGGAGUUAGUGUUGGAACCAUCAAAACCAAGGCAAAUGUAUGCUGUGUUCAGUUCCCACUGGAUUCUUCUCGUUUCCUUGCAUUUGGUUCAGCAGAUCAUAGGAUAUAUUACUAUGAUCUUCGCAACCUUAAAAUGCCACUCUGUACUUUGGUUGGACAUAACAAGACUGUCAGCUACAUCAAGUUUGUAGACACUGUCAACCUUGUCUCAGCUUCCACAGAUAACACUUUGAAGCUUUGGGAUUUGUCUACGUGUGCAUCCCGAGUUAUAGACUCACCGAUUCAAUCUUUCACAGGUCACGUCAAUGUUAAGAACUUUGUGGGAUUAUCGGUAUCUGAUGGUUACAUUGCCACUGGUUCAGAGACAAAUGAGGUUUUCAUAUACCACAAAGCCUUCCCAAUGCCUGCACUGUCAUUCAAGUUUCAGAACACAGACCCUCUUUCCGGUAACGAAGUGGAUGACGCGGCGCAAUUCGUGUCAUCCGUUUGUUGGCGGGGUCAGUCGUCCACCUUGCUCGCUGCAAAUUCGACAGGGAAUGUCAAAAUUCUGGAGAUGGUUUAGGUUGCUGACCUCUACACAGCAUUCUACAAUGAUAUACAAAGUUUGCUGAGCAUGAGGUGACAGAACCUUUGUUUAAGAUUAGCUUCUGUUGCCAUUAAAUGCUAUACAAAGGAGUAUAUAGAUUCCUUGAUUAUUAUUCGCAAGUUGUAACAUAACAAAUUUUUGCAUUAGUAGUUCAUAGCGGAAGCAGUUAAAGAGAAGAGUGAGGUUGAUCUCUUGCAAAACAAAACAAGUUCUGUAGAUAGUGUCACAUGGAAAAAAAAAAAGUGAAGGUCAAAAUCUAUAUCAGAUUUUAUUACGUUUAUGAUCCAUAUACAAUUUGAUAGUCAUAGUGGAAGCUAAUAUGUUUGUGUAGAA